UGUUAUUCAUUUGUGUUAUUUUGUCUGUUUAUAUGUCUGUCCAGUUUACACAGUAACUGAAAAAUCUGCUUAUCUGUUUGUCAGUGUGACUGCAUUUGAGUUUAUCUGCCUCUACUUGCUUGUCUUUUUUUCAGUCCCUAUUUUUUUCUUUUCUCUCCCACUUUAGUAUCAUGGCCAAAUUCAGGAACAGUGUCCGCUUCAGGACAAACCAGAUAAAAAUAAAACGGAAAACUAUUGGUGGAGGCGUGAAAUUUUCAUAUCUACAAAAGAGCUCCUCGCCUCCCAGCUUAGGUCAGACUGGCACACCCAAACCAGUCACACCUUUGGCUGAAAACACGGAUGACAUAACUUGCAACACUUUUGAUGAAGAGACGGCAUACAGUAAGGCAAAGAGAAAAGAGGCCAGCCUGUGGGAUUCACUGAAAGAUCAAAUUUUGCAAGUGUCAUAUAAAUCCUCAGCACCAUCCACAAACAUUUGCAUUGUUUGCAAGGAAAAUGGAGAAUAUCGGUGUCUGGAAUGCAGCAGUACUGGCGUAUUUUGCAAAAAUUGCAUUAGGAAAACACACAUGAAUUCUCUGCACCUUCCAGAGAAAUGGAAUAGAACCCACUAUGAGGCAGCUUGGCUUGAGUUAGUGCUGCAUUUACCAGAUGAUCACAUCACCCAUGGAGUGUACACAAGAGACGUGAACAUUUUUGUAAACACAGGUCAGCUGUGCAACUCUAGAGUUGCUUUUUGUUUAUGUGAACCCGAAGCUUGCACCCUGUUAAAGUAUGGGCUUUGGCCUGCAACACCGGACAAGCCUCAGACAGCCUUCUCAGUAGCUCUCCUUGAGCUGUUUCAUCAUCUGUCUUUAGAGUGUCAGGUCUCUGUUGAGGGAUUUUGCAACACUUUACGAUGGAAAAACAAUCUGACAUUUCCUGAGGUUAACAUGCUGUACAGAGCUCUGGUGGGAGAAUCAAUUUCCCAGUUUCAUCACUACAUCUCCAGACGCAGAAGCUUAGCUGGUCUUCGUAGCCUAUUUGAUGAUGGGGCAGUAUGCCCAGCAUGUCCAAAGACUGAUGGCACAAUGAUCGUGACCAUGGAUGCCAACUUUGGCCUUGUAAGAAAAAGAAGUUCUGGAACAAGUGCGGCUGAACCCUUGCACGGUAACAGCAUGUUUGUGAAGGACGCAGAUGUCGAGGAAUAUCUCUCAUCACAUCCUGAUAGCUCCAAACCAGCUGAGGACUGUAGCAACUUCAAAGCUGGAAAUUUACUUCGGUCCCAAAACCAGCAAAAAAUACUAGAUGUAACUGGUGUAUUUGGAGCUGCAUGUCGUCAUGAAAUACCAUUAAUGUUUUUUGAACAUGACUCAUGGAGAACGGUGAGUUUAUUAAUCAGUGCUGAAGUCACUGACCUAUUGUCAAACAUGUUAAAUCCCCAAAUGUUUCCCAAAAUUGUUCUUCUGGUUUGAUUUUCACUUAUUAAAUGGCAACCAUUAGGAUGAUCAAAGACUCAUUUUUGUUUGUGCUGUUUUUAAAAACAGGCUAGCAUAUCCAGUGUAUAUCAUCAGUGAGCUGGUGAAAAGAUACCAGAGCAAGAACAUCGAUCUGCAUUUCAUAUACGACAUUGCAUGUGUGCUGUCCUCACAUAUGCAUAAAAACGGAGAAGGAGUACCACAAGGUAUUUCCCUGGCUGUACCAGCGUUUCAUGUUUAUGAGCAUAAACUGCAGUGCCAGAUCAUGUACAGCACACGAAGGCUUCAUGGGUUCGGACUAACAGAUGGAGAAGGCAUGGAGAGGUUAUGGUCCUUUCUGAGAAGAUUUUCACGAGUCACAAAAGAGAUGACUCCAUCCCAUCGGCUUGACCUUCUGACUGAUGCACUAUUGCAUUAUGGGAGGAGAAAAUCAGCAGAUUUAGAAGUGCAGCUCCUUCAGAGAUGGGACAAAGCUGAGAAGGUCACCAGUCUUGCUGAGGAGAUUUCUGCAGUCCUGAAAGAGGCAGCAGAUCCCUGACCCAGGAUUCACCCACUGCAGAUGAGACACAGCUGGAGAGCGCUCUUCAAACUAUUGAAAACAAUAUCAUAUUACAAGAAGAUGGAGUCAUUCAGAUUUGAUUUUCCAGUCAACACUGAGAGAGCUUGACCAGGAAGUCAGAGGUCAGCUGAUACUGCGAGCACGAAAUGAAGCAAUGGAGAGGGUCACUCUACUGAACCUCAAAAGAAAAUAUCCUGAUGGACAAGGAAUUGCUAUAAGGCUGUCCAAGCAAGUAAACAGCUGUAACAGGAGACUGAAGAAGACGGUAAUGGAGUACAACAGUCUGCAGUGGCCACCUCAGUCCACCAUCUUCCCAUCACAAGUAGAAUUUCAAGAUGUGUGUGAUGUCUCCUUGCCCUUAUACGCAUGCCUUGAUGAACAAACAGAAGAAGGCAAUAUUCCAAGGGCCCUGAAAAGGCGAGCCAUUGAUGCGUUGCAUUUAAAGACCAGAGCAGCUGAGGAAAAGCUCCUGCUUCAGCGGGAGAUGGACAGUGUCAUUCAACACCUCCACCAGCAACAUGCUUACUUGCAUUCAUCGAUAAACAACACUAAGGACCCUGGCUCCAAAGCUGUUCUUGUUCACAGGAUUAUGCUGUUGGAAAGGAAACUGUAUAAUGCUAUGAUGAUGUUUCAGCAUCAUAUUCCAACUGUUGCUCCGCCUUCACAUGCUUACCUGUCAGAGUCUAAUUCUGUGUCUCAGACAGUCGUGUCACCUGAUCUGCAUGUUUUACUGUAUUGUGACAGUCACAAUGACAAUGACAAUGAUGAGGGUGAGGAUGAAGAUGAGGAUGAUGAAGACAAUAUUGUCAGUGGUGGUGGUGAUGAUAUUUAUGUCAAUUAAUAGUGAAUAUUGUCAUGAUAAUGAAGAUCUUGUGCCUAAGUAAUGCCAUGUUCAGACAGCAGAAACCACACUGAUGCAGGUCUACAGAACUUGCAUUUGUUCUAUUUUGUGUUAGACAUGAGCAGCUGUCACCCUGGUAAAAGACAUCUGUUUGAUUUCACUGGCCAAAGUUAUAAAUGCAUUUGUUGUAU